GAAGACAAAGAUGGCGGACAUCAGGAAAAUCUGUCCUGAGUCUGUGCCCUGCCGUGUCAGCUGCAUGGGAAGACUGGCAUUUCAUGGAAAACUUCUCAUCCUUCUCUGCAUACUCAUAGUGGAUUCCGGGGGAGCUACGACCCACUGGGUUGUCACAGAGGAUGGGAAAAUCCAACAGCAAGUUGAUUCUCCCUUAAAUCUAAAGCAUCCACAUGACGUUGUGAUCUUCAUGAGGCAAGAGACUCGUGUUAACUACCUCAAGAAGCUUGAGAAGCAGCUAGUUGCACAGAAGAUUCACAUUGAGGAGAAUGAGGAUAGAGACACAGGCCUGGAGCAGAGACACUACAAAGAAGAUGCGGACUGUGUCAUGGCUAAGGUACCGCUGGGGGACCUGGACCUGUAUGAUGGUACUUACGUUUCCUUGGAAAGCAAAGAGAUCAGCCCAGAGGACUAUGUGGAUUCCCAGUCGGCUUUGCCUCCUGACCUAGAAAAGCCUGAUUGUGCAAAAGUGUUUGAACUACCUUAUAGUAUACACGCCUUCCAACAUCUUAGGGGUGUGCAGGAGAGGGCAAACCUGACCUCCCCACUUCUUUCAAAGGAGGAUCCCAUAUUUAGUUCACUGUCUCACAAGCUGGGCCACAGUGUUGAUGAGGUGGGCCAUCACAUCCAUCAAGGUUUACUGAGGAAUUCCUCAUCCUGGGUGCUGUACAACUUGGCAUCGUUUUAUUGGCGUAUGAAAAACGACCCUCAGAGGGCAAUGGACUGCGUGGUGCGAGCUCUGCAUUUCUCCCCAAGGCAGGACAAGGAUGUAGCCUUGGUAAACAUGGCGAACAUCCUGCACCGAGCCCAUUUCUCAGCAGAUGCUGCAAUUCUCGCCCACGCUGCCCUGGACCUCACCUCAGACCUCUUUACCAGCCACUACACCUUAGGCAACAUUUAUGCUAUGCUUGGCGAGUACAACCACUCAGUGCUGUGUUAUGAGCAGGCACUGCAAGCCCAGCCUGCCUUUGAGCAAGCCCUAAGGAGGAAGCAUGCCGUGCUCUGUCAACAGAAGCUGGAGCAGCGUCUGGAAGCCCAACACAGAUCCCUGCAGCGGACGCUGAAUGAGCUGAAGGAGUACCAGAAGCAGCACGAUCACUACCUCCGCCAGCAGGAGGCACUGGAUAAACACAAGCUUCUGCAGGAAGAGCAGAUCCUGCACAACAUUAUCCAUGAGACCCAGAUGGCCAAGGAAGCACAGCUUGGGAAUCAUCAGAUGUGUCGUCUGGGUCGGCAGCAGCACAGUCUGUACUGUCCUUAUGACUUGCCUGUGCGCUACCACAGGGGAGAUCUCUUUGAACAAGUCCACUAUGUCCAAUUUGGAGAGGAGGUGUCUGUGGCAUCCAGCGUGGCGCUUGUUUCAGAACGAAACUCAAACCAGACAGUAGCCAGUCCUGCGCUCCAUUUCUCUGUGUCCGGAGAUCAGGACCCUGCUGCUGCUCUGUGGGGCAGCCACCAGGACACACAGGGCAUAAAGAAAAUGCUGUGGCCUCAGAGGACUGAAUGCUCCCAUACAUACCCGAGUGUUCCCACUGCUCACCUUUUGCCAACCUACUACAUUUCACCUGAAACACAGGGUUCCAGCUCUGUGACAACUCUCCUCUAUGGGAAGAGCAGUUCUACUCAGACAGCAGCUCAGCCAGACUGUGGCCCCACCUCUCAACCAUAUCCAACCCUCCUGCCUGCUUCUCUAGACUGGUCACUGGAGGAAAAGGAUUUACCAGAUCCAUUUUCAACGCAGAUACUGCAGGUGCGCAGUGGAGGAUGGACUUUGGAGCAGACUGGUUCCAAAAUAGCUCACGCUAUGAAACAAGCCACUACGCCACGCUGGCAGCUCCACAGUGAGGCAGCUCUGUUCUGGCAGGCAAAAGGCAACGGCACCCGUGCCCUGCAGUGCCUGCGCCACAUGCUGAGUGCAGUGCCACCAUCUCACCGCCAUUUGCCCCUCACCAAUGCUGCUAACCUGCUGCUGCACCACGGCUUGACCACCCACGCGCAAACACUGCUAGAGCACGCACUGGCGCUCAAUGCGUCAGAGCCACACACCCUGCUCAGCCUGGUGAACGUGCAGUUGGCUCAGGGCAAUGUGACGGGUGCUCUGGCCUUGUUCCGCCACAUUCUGGUCAUGGCCCUUUCUUCUUCCUCUUCCUUUGAAUCUUUUGCUGGGUGUGAGCAGUGUCGCACAACGCUACCCCUGCUGCGUUGUUUGCAGUUCUACCCCUCUCUCUACAAUCUUUCCCACCGGCAGCCCUGUCCAGUGGGUGCUGCUUGCAUGCCGGAGGAGGAUCUUGGUUUACACCUAGAAGAAUGGGAGGUUAGCGAGGAAAAGCAGGAUGCUCUGUCUGCUUCUGCCAUGGAGGAUUCCUUACAUUUUAAGAAGGUCGUCUUGGACAGUAAUGGUUCAGGUCAAGCAGCUGUGCAGCAGCAGGCGUCUUUGUCUGCCUCAGGAAUGGAUGAAAUGGUGAACUCGUUUGGAGGUGGAGUAGUCGAAGUGGAGGAGGAGUGGCAGCUGAAAGAGGACAUCAUGGGAGCUUUUGAGGGAGCCUUGGAUGUUGGAGGCAAACGCGGCGACCUGCGAGGUAUCCGGGUGCUAAACGAUGACCGGGCAAUGGGUGGCCGGGCCAGCGGUGGGCCCUGCUUUGGAAACUGUGAGGAUGACGAGGGAGCAGAGUGGAUCACAUUUCAGGUCAAACGGGUCAGGAAGGCCAAGGUGGAUGGAGUCGAACAUAUUGCUGGUUCUGAUACCAGCCAGACUGAAUCACCUGGAGGACACUCUGUGCUGGAAAUCAGUGGGCCUACCAUCCCAUCACCUGGACCCUCAGGUUGCUGGAGGGAUUACACAAGUCUUGGCUGGCCAGGGCCGGAGGAAUGCCAGAGGACAAGGAGGGUGGACCUCACCACUGUCGCUAGCACCUGGUUGGCUGUUUCUGCCAAGAACAUUGACAUCACAGAGCACAUAGACUUUGCCACUUUGCUCCAGGAGCCAGCUGCUGAACCGUUGUGCAAUGCCAACCUAGCUGCCAGUAUGCACACCCUCGACCACUUGUCUGGGGUGGCCAACCGUGCCGCCAUUCAUUAUACUGGGGAGAGCCAACUGCGGGAGGUUCUGCAGAACCUUGGCAAAGACAAGUUCCCCCCUCAGUCCUUUGAGCAGGUGGGCACACGUAUUGCUAAAGUCCUGGAGAAGAAUCAGACAUCGUGGGUAUUAUCCAGCAUGGCUGCACUGUACUGGAGAGUCAAAGGUCAAGGCAAGAGAGCCAUUGACUGCCUACGACAGGCUCUCAACUACGCCCCUCAUCACAUGAAGGAUGUGCCCCUCAUCAGCUUGGCUAACAUCUUCCAGAAUGCUCGUCUUUGGGAGGACGCGCUCACAGUCGCCCGGAUGGCAGUAGAGAUCGCCCCACAUUUCGUUGUGAACCACUUCACCCUCGCCAACAUUUACAUAGCGAUGGAGGAGUUUGAGAAAGCGAUGCACUGGUAUGAGUCUACGUUGAAGCUGCAGCCGGAGUUCGCCCCUGCUAAAGAUCGUCUGAGAACCAUUCAGUGCUACCUGCUCACCAAGAGGGAACGGCGUCAGCCCUGAACCACUCAACCUUCACUCACACACUCACAAAUAAAAAUCACACAGACGAGAUACAGACGCACCUAAAGACCACAGGUAACUUGGAUCAAUCAGAAGUGUACAAAACCUAAAUGUGGUCAAAGGUGGUGUUGGGAAUCCUUUCGAGUUGCAUUCAGAUUCUGCGUAUCAACUUCAGGUCUUAUGGAUUUCUGUUUUUGUUUCCUAAUGCAAAACAAAAAAAUCAGUAAAAAAGAAUCUAAAACGUUCAAACAAGAAAAACAUUUCCUCUUCCAAUUUUAGGGACUUUCAGAGGUUUUAUUAUAAUCAGCCAACUCUCAUCACACCAUUCAUUUAUCAUGUUUCCUGAGUAAUGGAGCUGUGACAGCUGUGGAAGGAUCAGCUCUGCCUGUCCACUUGUCUGUGGUCGUCUUUGCUGUUCGUCGGGUCUCUUCCUGCUCUACUGAAGGAGUCUGACAGCCACCGCUGCUUAUGACGCGUAAACCAUAAGACAUCAAACACAACAUUUUGCAUCAGUUCUGUGCUGCGUUAAUAUUUGGCAGCAAACUGUGUAGUUGUUUCUAAGCCAAACCUUUGCUGCUCCACCGUUCACACACCCCUGUAGCCUGUUAUGCUAGUCAUGCAUGCUACCUUGUAUCUAAACAGAAGACUCAUGCAGCAUUAGCUUCUUGGUCCAGACCCGGUAAGCAGAACCAAACUUUUUCUGGUGUUUGAUUCUUUCCACUGUCGCCACCCAACCCUGGUUAAAGGUGGGGCGUCAACAUGCAUAUAAAGCUCUGACUACCCACAGAAUCAGGUUUGAAACGAUUGGAAAUGUUUUUUCUUCUAGCUUUGCUUGACUGGUUAAAAUGAAAGGGCUUUAAAAUAACGAGGUUAUCCGCCUUCAAUUCUUUUGGAAUCUUGUGAUGUUAGGCUCAAAAUCCUGAAGGUGAAUUAAUUGCAACUGACCAAUAUGUGUCCUCAUUGCUUCUGCUUCCUCAACUGGAUGGGAAUUCUCAGUUUGCACUUUUUUCUUUUAUCAUUCCUAUUUAUACGGGACCUACAAACUGUUAACUACAGAAGAGAACAUUAAAUAUGCUAUUACAUUUGCUUCUUAACUUAUGGAAGUCAUUAGGGUGAAAAGGAUUUGCCUUUGACCAUCUAUUUAAAAGUGAAAUCUGUAUUAAUGUACAGUAUUAAAGGCAAAGUGUCUAUUUUUCCUUUCA